AUGAGACCCGCUUACGCACCUAAACAUUACCUCAAUAAUCCUGGUCCUAGAGACAGGUUAGCAGCCGCAGCCGGUCCAAGCCGGGCCACUCGUGUUCCCAACGCCAAUAUCAGCUGGGAGCCGGCGCUGAGAGGUCACAUCGCGCAGCAGAUCUGGAGAGAGGCAGGGAGCGCUGCUGCAUUGGGCGCGACGUCCCAAAGCGACUCGUCGUGGGAGAAAGAAGCCAGCGGCAACCCAGCUGUUGGUGGAUCCACGAAUAGUGCAUUGCCGCUCAAUUUCGCUGGAGCGCUUGACGAGUUGGAGGGAAACACCAGGGUCGACAUGCUUGGUGUCGCUAUUCAUCUUUGCCCGAACGCUGCGCUCGGGCAAGCCUGCCCCAGUAAUCCUGGCGAACGUGUCGAUUUCGACAUACUAGACUCAACUCCGCCUCUGUCCUACAGUAGCUUCACCGGGAGCUCGCCAAGUACAGGCCGGCCACCGCCUUCCACGCAAACUAGCCAGGAUCCCCUCACAUCCGCCGUGAACCCUGGCGAGCGUAUACACCUUCCGCCCGACUUCGCCGGACUGGACGAAGGGGAGACGGAGGAUGUCCUGUUGACUCGUGGACCGGACGUGGACGACGAGUUUCAGCCCUUAGGCCCUCAGGACGACGAUUUCGAAGAGAGCUUAUCGCCAGGUGCAUCGGUGGCCGGCGUCGUGCGCGAGGGCGGUAGGUCCUCUAUUCCCACCAGAGACGUAUAUGGCUAUAGGACUUUGGUUGCGGUGCAUACGGAUGCCAUACACGGCAUAGGAGUAGGUUUCUGUAAGUGCCAGGGUGCCCCGUCUGAGGACCGGCAGCUGGUGAUGUACGGCGGUCUUUUCCCGGCAUCGCAGGAUACACCGUCAACAGCAUUCAGCCUUCAGUUUCUCGAGUACCGACACAUCAACGAUGUAAUCUGCAAGACUAGCCCACAAUCCCAUAUGCGCAAGAUCAGGCGUUGCACGGAGCCGGACGAGUUGAGGCUUGCCCCAAACCGGUAUCCCGAGCUACUUCUUGUGUCGCGCCUGUACACCGCGAUCAAGAAUCUCAUAGACUUCGGCUACGCAUCCCAACCGCUAGCGAAGUACCGCGAGCCCACUGGUGGCGCUCUGGUUUGGAAGUGCAUUGUCUAUCCACGGAAAACGAUCGACUUCAACAACAUACCGAAGAUCUGGCUCACAAACCCCAAUGAAUGGCGCAAAUUUGUCUCCCUCUGCUACGACGGAAAUUUCAGCGGGGAUCACACGAUAUCCCGGAGACUGGGAAAUAAUGUGCCCCUCUUUCCCGGAACAGGCAUGUUCGACCAUCCAGACGCCGUCGCCGCGCACGCUGAGAAAGCAAUGGACGAUAAGGCCCUGCGGAGAAUAUACCCCAACUUAAAUGCUAAGGAUAGGGCGUGCCAUGACCACAAGGCUGCCGCUUCAGUAGGCAAAGCACGCAGCAAGGUUGUGGACAUCAAAGGUAUUGGGUCAUGGGCCUGCUCCAGACACGGCUGCUUUUGCGCUUGUUCCACCAACAACUUCAAUCUGGGUGAAAGCCAAAACCCAGUGGAUAAGAGUCUCGAUUCCGCAUUCCGCCAUACCAUAACCGACCAGAUAACGCGAGCCCAACUUCUAUACGAUAUCUGGUGCCGGUACGGCGUGCAUGUGGUGAAGCGCUUCAAACACAGUGGACUGGACUGGCCCAAAUUUCGAGAGCUGCUACAAGGUGUCGGAGUCUGGCAUAUCUAUGGCCAUGUUCUGGAAUGUUUUCGCCGCUUCUCUCCGUCUUAUUCUCCACGCGCAGGGAUCGUGGACGGUGAAAUUCUAGAGACCUUAUGGUCUCUACUCAACGGCAUCCUUCAGUCUUGCCGAGGCAUGUCCCUCGCGGCUAGGGAGGAGAAGAUUAACAUGCAUAUGAAUGACAUCAACUACCGAAAGAUAGUCGAAAUGGUUGGUACUAUUGUACGCAAAUAUCGCAAGUACAGCAACGAGCUCCAGAAUCGUCGGCGCCACCUGUCUCGGCUAGAGCUUUCAUGCAGCGAAGAGGAUAUACAGCGAUGGGAAAUGGCUCGUCAAGAGCUUGAAGAGAGACGGGCGAAGGAUCCCCUUUACGCUGAUGAAUUCUGGGAUCAGCCUUCAGCGCCGCCAGAACCUGGCAAGGACGUGACAGAGGUUCAGUUGUUAGAGGGGGACCACAACGGGGUCGUCAAGGCUAUCAUUGGGUCAAUGAAGCUCGAAGAGGACAGCCUCCGUAUGCAGGCUCAAGGCAAGGACUGGGGCACAUCUCUCGAGGAUCGCCGCACUGCAGCCAUCGCAAGAACGAGAUUCAAUAACCGCCGUUUGCGAGCCAACCGAGAGUUCACAUCUUUACUGGGCGCAGACUAUCAGGACGAGGAACUGUUACCUGCGCGAUUGGCAAAGCUGCUCGAGGAAGACGAGUGGUCGGAAGAUUGA